CGCUUUUGGACAGUCGCGUGAGGUUUGUUAUUAGAAAAGACACGGAUUCUACGUUCCGUUUAAUACAGUGGCAGGGUUUAUAAUUAUCGAGUGCUACCUUAUAAAUUGAACUUUUCGAGCUCACCAUAUUUGAUAGGUGUUUCAGGUCGGUUUGUUGUUGUUAGGUUGGGCCGGUUUGUUUAAGUGCGCGUGAGUCGACAUGAAACCUCCUCCGCGCAAACGCACUAAACGGUAUGCAAACAUACAAACACAAGAAGAAGAACAGUGUCAUAAACAGAUCAGUAGCUGGCGACGAGGGGAACAAAGGAGCCUCCUGAAUGGUCUGAAAGCUCUGGCCCGGACAGACGGAGGUCAAAGCGACUUAGACUACGCUGCCCUGAAACAAUACGUACCUACACGUUCUACUACGGAGAUUGAAUCUGUGAUCGAUACAUUGAAGGACAAACUCAUCACGUCUGUGUGUAGGGAAUUCGAGAAGAAGAGAAGGGAUGAUAAUAAGGUCUCAAAGCCCAUUGAGAAGUGGACGCACAUGGCUUCAGUUGUGGGUGGAGCACUGGACGAACCCAUAAACACUGCUUUUUCUCAGAUGCUGAUUGUGUCAUCCACCGAACCUUGCACUCUGAGGAACAGUGACCCACCUCAGAUGGACAAACCACUCGUAGACCAAAACAGCCCUCUCGGCCGUAUAGUCCCCUUCAGACCGAUGCAUCACACACCAAACCAAGGUGAGCCUCCUGGCAUCAGUGCAGUCCAUCCCCUCCCCAUACUCAAACCCCCAGCACCAACAUUGCACCCAGCCAAAAGACUCCUAGUACCAUCUAAAGUGGCCUCCACCACCACAGCCCCUCCACCAAAGCAGCAGUCACCUGAAGCAGUAGGAAACCCUCCCCUUGCCAGCAUCACCUCCUGCCAAACAUCUGCAAGUGUGUCUGCAUCCACACAUGGACACACCCAGACCACCACACAGCCCCAGACCGCUCCACAGCCUCAGACCGCUCCACAGCCUCAGACCGCUCCACAGCCUCAGACCACUCCACAGCACAAGACCACCAUAGUGUGCUCUGCUGCUGCCACACCUGUCCCUUCCACCUCUGAUAGCAGCCUCAGUCUCCCCCUUGGUGCUGCUUCCUCCUCAGUCCCCGCCCACACAACACCCAAAUUUGGACCAACUGGCAAGUACACCACCAAGUACCACCCUGUGUCACUGGGAGUGAAGUCCAUAGUGAACUUUGAGAAGAUCUAUCAGUUCCUCAGUGUUAUCAAUAACCCCGAUCAGGGGUGUAAGCUAACUCCUAUGGAGAGUGCUAUAGUGUUGGACCUGCUGAUGUCUCUGCCAGAGGAGCUCCCUCUGCUGGACUGCAAAAACCUGCAGAAACAUCUGAUCCAGGUGUAUCAGGCUUUGUCAGUUCCUGCUGAUUCUAAGAUGAUCAAAGAACUGUUUAAAGGCUUAAAAGGAGCUGGUGAAAGUGAGUGUCACACAGCGGGGUCUCAGGAUGGACCCCAUGACCAAAGUACCAGAGCCUCUGAGGCCAACCCACAGCAGGAUGACCGCAGCUGGUGCACUAAAGACACUGGCCCAAAGGCACCUCAGCCACAGGAAACCGACAGCCAGUCAUCAGGGAACACAAAUACAAACAGCCAAUGUGAGGAUGAAGACAUGAUGGGACUGUGCCCCCCUCUCAACCCUUUUAUGGUGCCGCUAGAGCUGCUGAAGAGGAAGUCAAGUGCCCAGUAAACCAGUGAAUUUGGUUACAUUUUGACCGAUUGACGAUAGAUUCUGAAUGUUUAAAGUGUAUUUUAUUUGAAGUUAAAGGUGUUACAUAGCUGCUGAUGUUACGAGGUGAAACAGCAGAUUCAGUUAAGUCAAAGUGUUUUCUUUUCUGUGUAUAUUUUAGAGCUGCAACCGAUUAAUCGACUCAAAGUGAUCCAAAAAAAAAAUCAUUCAACCACAGUUCUCCUGAAUCAAAGCUUUGUUUCCUUCAUUUCUCUGC